CGUUCAAAAAAUGUCAACGCGAGCAAAGAAGAAUAAGCCGUCAGAACCGUCAUUCGACGAUGAGCUCCUCAUUUGGGAGUUCAUUUACGAAAAUACGUGUAAUAUGCAGUUGUUCGAUGACGUGAAUUUGGACCUCUUCAAGCAAUAUCUACAAGAACAUGAGUCUGUGUUUACGGCGGAGCAGCUAUACGAAUUCUACGUUACAAGAAUGAAAGCUACGCUUUACAAAUGUGAGCUGGAGCCGCGAAAAAUGCUCACUCUUUACAAGAACCUGGAGAUCGAAAUGAAUCAACAUGUCGAGACUUUACUGGAGGCCAGAUUCAAAACUGUUCUGCGUGUUGACUCGAAUAGAUGUCUUCAGAAGUUCUCCGAGUUUUCAGCCCCGGAAACUAUUCCCGAAACACUUGAAGAAACCGUCCCAGCAACCGCUCCAGAACCCGAACGUUCUCGAAAAUUAGUGAAUCGAAUGCCGCUAGAUGUAGAAAUCUCCGAUUCCUUCGAGAAGCUGAUUUGGAAUCAUGUCUACCUAAACGCCGACCGUCUAACCGGGAAAAUUGUGAUGGCUGAAGAAUUUUGGGACCAGCUGCUCCAAUCACAACCGAAUAUUCCCAUCAAGUCGGCUUACAUUGUGCUCCACCAUUUCAACAUAAAGAUGCUCGAGAACCUCUGGAAGCAGCCGAUGGAUCCGUAUGCUAAAGCACGGCUCAUAAGAGACUUGGCGGUGCCAUUGAGUCUUCGUCAGCGUAAAUGGAUGCUCGACAAUGAUCGUCUGAAUUUGAAAUUGUCAUUGAACGGAUUUGUGGAAGACUGGGAUAUUGUGCCAGACCAGCCAGCUCCACGUAGCAAAAUUCUUCCCUGGAGGCCAAGAACUCCGGCCGGACACCGAGACAGAUCCCCCAGUAGUCCUAUGGCACAUCUAGACAAUAUUCAACCACCAUCUCCGAUUCAAGUUGUUUCGAAUCCAACAUUAUCGUCCGAAUUAAGUUCAAGAGCUUCCAGGGAUCAACCAGGACCUUCACGCCCGCGAUCGCAGUCAGCCAAUGUACGUGAAACGUAUGCGCCGAAAAGGAUUGAGAAGCGAACGAAAUUCACAGUCGACGAUCAUGUGGUUGCGUGGAAGUUUAUCUAUGAGAAGUUGGUUGAGGCAGAUAAGGAAGGUGUCCAGUUGAUGCCCAAGGGGAUCGCGUUCUGGAACGAUUUUGUCAGAGUCACACGAUCGUCGAAAAGUGCAACUAAUUGGAGUUCGCACUUUCGAAAGAUCAUGUGCCCAGGGCUCCACGAGAUGCCACUUCACAAGAAAACCAUUCUCUACCUGCUUAAGAAUAUUGGUAUUGAAAUUGAUAAGGAGACUGAGCAAAUCAUCGAGCGAAAGUUUAACGUAAAGCUCCUCGUUGGAAUAGACCGCAACUUGAUAUCCUAUAAGCUUUUGGAUGCAGAAGAAGAAGAAGUGAUUGAGGAAGACGACGAAUCGGAAGAAGUUGCUACUCUAGAGGUCAUGGAUGUUGAUGAUGAAGAUCUGGAUGAGACGGUUCCACUUGAAUCAAAUGAGGCCAUGAUUCAUAUGGAUGAAAAUCUCGAUACAUCAGUUUUGUCUAACAAAACGAUGGAUUCUGUGAACAAUCUAGAGAAUUCUAUCACCGAGAGUACAAAUGACUUUACCGUUUUCGAAGGUACAGCUGCCGCUGUGCUCCUGCCUUCUGAAGUUGUAUCUCAAGAUGUUUUUGGAUCACAAUCCGACUCAACGGUUCCAGAAUCUGCUCCAGAGCCGGCCGAGAUUUCUUCAAGUUUGGUGGAUUCUGAUGAUCUGAACUCGAAAUCCGCUCAACAAGUCUUGGACGAUGCAGACGAUGAAGAUAUGGAUUUGAUGAACGCUGAUGUGAUCUUGCCCUCUGAAGCCGGUCAAGGGUCUCGAGACGUUUUCAUAUCACAAUACGACUCAACGAUUCCAGAGUCUUGUAGCUUUGAUGAGUCCAUUCAAAAUUCGUCCAGGGUGGAAGAGGAGAAGCCAUCUUCCCACGUCCCAUCAUCGUCAGCAGCUGAGCCCGUGUUGAAGUUACCUCUGGUGCCCCAGUUAUGUCGAACAGUUCCCGGUGCUCCAGAGCCAGCCAAAAUUGUUCCAAUUUCGGUGGAUUGUGAUGCUCUGAAGUUGCAAGCCGUUCAACAAGUUUUGGACGAUGCAGACGAUGAAGAUUUAGAUUUGAUGGGCUCAGCGCUAGAGAAGGCUUUUGGAAACCAGGAAAAUUGGACUGACAAGUCCGCGGCGAAGACCGUUACAAGUGAUGCCAUUACCAACGCGAUUGAAACCAAAUUCACAGGAAUCUCUCGCGAAGUUCUUCUGGAACAGAAGGAGCGUCUCGUAGAAGAGGCUCUCGACAACGUCGAAAACGAGAAGGUUCUCGAAGUGCGCACAGAAGCCAUCCGAAAAGCGCUCAUCGAGGUUGAUUUUGGGCCAACCAAUAACUGUUGAACUUGUUUUUUUUCUAUUCUUCCAUUCAAUUUCUCUCACAGUUAAUGGAUUUUCAUUCUUUAGCCUCAGCCCUAAAUAACUGUUAAAUAUUUUUUGUUUCUAUUUUUCAUUCUUCUUUUUACUUUAUCUCACAGUUAAAGGGCUUUUCUCAUUCGUUACCCCUCGCCAUAAGCCCUAAAUAACUGUUUAAUUUUUUUGUUUCUAUUCUUUUCAAUUCACAAGUUUUCAUUCUCUACCUCUCCUUCAAUUAAAAUCAAUUUUGUUGUUCUCGAGAUCUCCCGUUCAUCACAAAAGCGUGUUAAACAACACUUCAAAGAAACGGAUUAUUUAUUCUUUUUUAUUUAUUUUUCAUCUGUCAAAUACAUUUUUUUAAGAAUUUAAA